GUCUGUAAUUUGAUGAAGCAUUAUUUUCACUUUAUUUAGACCCAUCACCCCAUAACGUUUUUAGGCGUUAGCAAACAUGGCGGCAUUUUCGGAUUUUUGUGUAGCAUCUGUUGAAGGCAAAGUACUUGAGAACAUUUGUCAGACGGCUGUUCGACUGGGAUAUGACUGGAUAGCAGUGAACACAUUUUUGACCAUCACAGGGAAAAGCAAGAAGAAAAAACAGAUUGCAGUUGAGACAGAGCCCAAGAUGGUGAAGAUCAGUGAUCACAGCGAUCAUUUGUUAAAGCUGGAAAGUCGCAAAUUUCGCCAGUUUUCCAGGAUAACAGCAGUUUUAGAUGACAAUUCCAGUGCUCACAAACUGUCUUCCCCAGAAGUUCAAGCUUAUGAUCUGAUUGCAGUGCAACCAACUAAUGAUAAGACUUUUCAGCUGGCAUGUUCAACAUUGGAAGUGGAUAUAAUAAGCUUGAAUAUGACUGAAAAGAUCCCAUUCUUCUUGGGAAGAAAUCUCAUUAAUUUGGCCAUAGAAAGGGGUAUUCAUUUUGAAAUUCUGUACAGCCCAGCAAUAAGAGACAGUAGUUUUCGUCAAAAUACCAUUGCAAAUGCACAUCAGCUGAUUUCUGCAUGCAAAGGAAAGAGCAUCAUACUUAGCAGUGGAUGUGAAAAGGCACUUGAACUGAGAAGUCCAUAUGAUGUCACCAAUUUAGGCCUAUUGUUUGGGUUGACUUCAGCACAGAGUAAAGAUGCAGUCAGCAAAGCCUGCAGAGCUGUGAUAAUGCACUCAGAGGCGCGCCGACUAGGAAAGUCUGUAGUGGGUGUCAUCAAAUCAUCAGAAUUGAUUCCAAAAAAGAGAUGGCUGCUACAAAAGUCAGGUGUUAAUGAUGACCGUGAUAUUCCUUCAAAAAAGAAACAAAUACAGAAAAUGACUGUUUCAUAAUUGCAGAGAAUUUUUUUAAACAUGUACAUGUGCUAGCAAUAAAAGGAUGAAAGAUAGUGCA